AUGAACGAGAGUACUCCUUCGCCCAGCCCGGCGCCCGUGCCGAAAGCUUCCUCUCACACGAAACCGUCUCCUUCACCCAGUGCAGGGACGAAACGCAAGCGCACUACGGGCGCCAAGUACUAUGCCGUCAAGAAUGGGUUCAAGCCGGGGCUCUACUAUUCGUGGAAUGACUGCCUGGCCCAAAUAACGGGAUUCAAGGGAGCUAUCUUCCAAUCAUUCCCUUCAUUCGAAGAAGCGAACGCGUUUCUGAACGGUGUCAAGCUUCCGUCCAGCGGUUCUUCCGCAAUCGAGAACACUAGAUUUUACGGGAUACAACGAGGUCGAGUCCCCGGUGUGUAUACGGACUGGUCGAAGGCUCAGGAGCAGAUCCGCGGGUUUACACGGCCGCGAUAUCGGAAGUUUUCGACUCGGGAAGAGGCAGAGGAUUUCGUGAAAUCAGGAGGAGAAAAGCCACCACCUGCGGUCGGAUUUGGCGAGGCUCAGACAACUGUUGUGACUCCUGGCAUGAUGAAGGAGAACGCAAAGAAUGCAGACGGUGUUGAAUUCGUCGCAGGCGACGGUCCCCUACCACCUGGAGCGGAGGAUGGCUUUGACCCUAAUCUGUUGUUAAACCCGGCUACCGGCAAGGUGAUGUACAAGACAACCCAACAAAAGACUGCGACGAAGACACAAGCCGCAGGCAUUCCGGGAGUAUUGCGGAUAUACACGGACGGCAGUUCACUGCGCAACGGUACCAAAUUGGCGUCCGCCGGGGUGGGUGUAUACUUCGGACCCGGAGACUCCAGGAACGUCUCGGAACCAUUGAAGGGCUCCCGCCAAACCAACCAGCGCGCAGAGCUGACUGCAAUUCUUCGAGCUAUUGAUAUUGCGCCUCGUCAUCGUGAUAUAACGAUAAUCACCGACAGCCGGUACGCAAUCGACUGCGUGACAGUAUGGUUCAUCAACUGGCGCCGCAAUGACUGGAUGACCAAGGACAAGAAACCGGUGGAGAACCGCGACCUGAUCGAGUCGAUCCUGGUGAAGAUCGAGGAGCGCCACGAACUCAAGGUCAAGACUCAGUUUGAAUGGAUCAAGGGACAUAACAAAGACCCGGGCAACGAGGCCGCGGACCGGCUGGCGGUUAAUGGAGCCCAGCGGGGCGUGCAGGAGAAGGCGGACUCGUUGGAAACCGGUCUGACUGUUCCCGAUGAGGUCUUGCAGGAUGAGGUUUAA